UGCAGCACCUGCAUGGCGGAGCGCGCAGGUAGGAGCUGGGAGCGCGGCCUGCCUGCAAGGCUCCCCCAGGGGAUGGACGCCAGAGUAGCCAUGGCCUGAUCCCCACUGCGAAGAUGUGUCGGCUCGACAACCUUGACCCUGGCGGGCACCAGAAGCUGCUGAUGAAGACAGGGCUCAUCCUGAUCGUCAUCGGCCACCUCAACUUCAUUGUGAGUGCCCUGGUCCACGGGACCGUGCUGCGCUACGUGGCCAACCCCCAGGACACCGUCUCCCUGCAGUAUGCCAUCUCCAACAUCGUCGCUGUGAGCUCCACACUCCUGACCAUCUCCUGUGGCAUCGCCGCCAUCGUGCUCUCCAGGUACCUCAUGCAAACUGCCCUGAAGUGGGCCCUCUUCUCCCUCAGCAUGAGCAGCACCCUCCUCUCGCUCUUCUGCUCGCUGGGCCUGGCCGUCUCCAUCAUCCUCACCUUCGCCAACCGCGGGCGCGCGCUGCUGGCCACCUGCACCUUCGUGGACAUGGAGCUGAUCCAGAUCUCCAGCGAAUGCCCCUUUGACCCCACCCGUGUCUACAGCUCCACGCUGUCCCUCUGGGCCAUCUCCCUGAUCCUGGACUCCGUGGAGAUCGUCUUCAGCAUCCGGUGCUUCCUGCUCGCCCUCAGGCUCCUGCACCUUUGACUCUGCUGUGGGACCCGCAAGAAAAAGGUCUCGCUGCAGGCUGUCCCGGCGGAGAACCCAGAAGCCGGCGAGUGCUGGGACCUGCUGAGACAGGACCGAGUGGAGGCGGUCUGGCUCUGAGCGGGGCAGCCAGCCCUCGGCAUCUCAGCCUCCUGGCCAUGCCCACCCACUCAUGGCCAUGCUGCCCUCAGCCCAAGGGCCGCCCAGCAGCAGGGUGCUGUAGCAUGGACCCAGAGCUGCUAUGAAGGGACGGGAUCCUCCUGCAUCCCGUGAGCAGCAUGGCUGUGCUGAGCAGGCAGCGAGCUCCUUCUCUCUACGCUGGGCUGCUGCCGGGAGCCCGUUCCCCUGGCACCCAGGCUCCCUCCACGCGAGGCUGAGAGGGUCCCCAGAGACCCGUGCCUGGGCCGAUGUCGGCGCCGACGGAGCCCCCUGCGCCCAGCUGCACUGAGACAAAACUUUAUUCUGAAGUUAUUAAAAGAACAAAAGCA